GCAAAAUGUGACACUUGCAGUAACAAAGGGAAACUAAAGCAGAGUCUGCCACUUCUGGGAGAGGUCAAAUACUUCUGUGGCAUGAAGUGUCUCCUGCACUUCUGCAGUAACAAGGUUCAGAUGCUCGACGGAGAAGUCUCUUCAUCUCUGGUAUCUGCAGCACCAGCAGAGUCCUCUCCUGUCAUUGGGAAUGUUAUAUCUUUGGCUAAUGCUCUGACCAGGCAGCACAGCGGCUCAGCAGCCUCUCCACAGCUUGGCUCCAUCACUGAUAUUCAAACAAAGGUCAUUGGACAUGCCAGCGUUCAGACUGUCCCAAAGGAGCUGAAGAACAAGUCGAUCAUCUGUACUCCAUUGGUUCAUAACAAAGGAGUCUCCUGUACAGAAGACACUCUUAAGAUAGAGACACAAAAAGAAGACCGUUGUGAUCCUAAAGUCGUGGUCCUGCCUGUCCCAGUGCCGGUUUACGUUCCUGUGCCUAUGAACAUGUACAGCCAGUACACUCCACAGCCGGUGGGCCUGCCCUUACUGCUGCCUGUGCCCCUGGUCCUCCCUGUGAACACAGAUGGCUCUGAGUCAACGGUCAAAUCCACAAAAGAGAGUUUGCAUCCUGAAAACUUACAGGGCGAGCUCAACAUCAGGCCUGAGACGGAGACAGAGCAGAGCGAGGAAGGGCAGAAGCAUGGACAAAUGAUAAAAGAAGAAGAAGGACACAAGCCUUCAUCCCUACAGGACCACGCCAGUAGCUGCAGCAGUGACUUGCGUACAGAUUUUAAGCCCACUUUUGACAACCAGGAGGAUUUCUUUGAUACCAGUGCCGGGCCGGUCACUCACCCGCCAGGCCGCCAAACCUCCCCUCCAGUUUCAGAUGAGGACAUGCCCAGCAGCCCUCUUCCUCACCUCCCACCUCUUUCUCCUCCUUCAGCUCUGGAAACUCCUCAGAGAUCACCCGUCGCUCCUCCUCCUCCAAUUUUAGUACCACAAACUUUGGACAAAGACAAAAACAAGGAUUGUAACCUGGAGCAGCUUUCAAAGAAAGAUGAGCAAGACACUCCUGAAACAGACUUUACUCAACUUGUGUCUUCAAAGCAAAACACCCUGAAGAGUGAGUGUGGAGUUGAUGCCUGGAAGAGAUGGAUCAAGUGGAGAGAGUCACAAACCAACCUGGAGCCCGUUUCUUCUCAUGCACUGACGCUGAAGGCGGACCUCCUUCGUUGCUCUGUGGCUGAACUGAGCGACUGCCUGCUUUGCUUCAUCAGGGAGGUGAAACAGUCCGAUGGAGAGCCGUACUCCCUCAACAGGCUGUUCUACCUCUGCCUCAGCAUUCAGCUGUUUCUGUUUCAGAACGGUCGGCUGGAGAACAUAUUCAGUGAUCUCAUCUACGACAGGUUUUCCACUGAGUUGACCAAGAUCCUUAAACCUUCAGUCACAGGCGGAGGUUGUGUCCUGUCCUGUGUGGAGGAGCAGUUUCUGUGGGACUGUAAACAGCUGGGGGCGUACUCCCCCACUGUCCUGCUCAACACGCUGCUCUUCUUCUUCUGCAAGUACUUUGGCUUCACCACAGUCGAGCAGCACCGCCGGCUGUCCUUUGCGAACAUCACACUCUGCACCAAAACCAGCAAGAGCAACACCAAGACCACCUUCUUACACUUCCACCCACCUACUUGUAGAAACCAGGAAGAGUCGGACACGUAUGAUGUCCCAGCUAAGAAGUUUAAGAAAAACGAGUCUGAGGAGGAUUUCCUGGAGAUGAUGGAGAACCAGGAGAACCCCCUUCGUUGUCCAGUCAGACUCUACGGGUUCUACCUCUCCAAGUGUCCAGCAUCGCUGAGGCAGCGCAGCGAUCUUUUCUACCUCCAGCCAGAUCGGAGCUGCCUUCCCAGCAGCCCUCUGUGGUUCUCGCCCGCCCCGCUCAAUGACAGCAGCGUGGAAGCCACGAUCAUCCGAAUCCUUGCUGUCCGAGGGCUGCAGGAGGGGGCGAGAGAGGGUACAUGUAUGGCCCCGUAACCACUGGAUGACCCAUCAUUUACACCUGAUCAGGAGGACUCAUUGUUUGAAGGACUGGUUUAAUAAGUGCAUCAAGAUUGAUUUAAGAAUAUAUACACAGUAAAAACAUCAGCAUGAUUCAGUGAAAGAUGGCUGUUUAAAAACACACUGUUUAUCAACAAGUGGCAGAAAGACACCAGAUGUUUCCAUCAGCAGCUGGCGGAAGCUAAAAAUAGAGCUAAAAGAGACUUUAGAGAUUACAGUUGAAUUUAAAACUGUUUCUUAAACUGUAAAUAAGAGUUUCAUCAUGCCAGCUCCAUAUGUCAAUACUAUAUCACCAGUUUGCCUUGAAUUUUGGCUGACCAGUCAGUCAGCAGGCGUGUGAAAGAAGAAACCUCCCAGCAAUAUUAAAAUCUGAACAGAAACCCGUCGCACAUCUGUGCCAGUGUUCCUGUCAUAACUCGUUCCACAUCAAGUUGUCAGCAAUGUUUUGUUUUCUCUUCGUGCUGCUGAUUGCGAGAGCUCUGCGUUGGUUAAAAGGCUGAUCUGAACCCUGCAGACCAGCAACAAAUGUCUCUGUUACUGUAAAAGUUCCCCUCAAGUUUCCAAAAUUAAAUGUGAACUCGUUGGUUUAAACUGUC